GCCGGAGGGAACGCACGCACCGGGAGCCCCUUUGUGGACUUCACGACCGCCAACAUCUGGGCGCAGCGCGGGCCACUGCUGGCCGCCGCCUCGCCUUGGGGACCGUAGGAGGCGCAGCCCCGAGGCCGGAGACUUCGCUUCGGGACUAGCCCCCCGGGAUGCGGUAGCGGCCGCUGUGCGGAGGCCGCGAAGCAGCUGCAGCCACCGCCGCGCAGAUCCACGCUGGCUCCGUGCGCCAUGGUCACCCACAGCAAGUUUCCCGCCGCCGGGAUGAGCCGCCCCCUGGACACCAGCCUGCGCCUCAAGACCUUCAGCUCCAAGAGCGAGUACCAGCUGGUGGUGAACGCCGUGCGCAAGCUGCAGGAGAGCGGAUUCUACUGGAGCGCUGUGACCGGCGGCGAGGCGAACCUGCUGCUCAGCGCCGAGCCCGCGGGCACCUUCCUUAUCCGCGACAGCUCGGACCAGCGCCACUUCUUCACGCUGAGCGUCAAGACCCAGUCAGGGACCAAGAACCUACGCAUCCAGUGCGAGGGGGGCAGCUUUUCGCUGCAGAGUGACCCCCGGAGCACGCAGCCAGUGCCCCGUUUCGACUGUGUGCUCAAGCUGGUGCACCACUACAUGCCUCCCCCGGGCGCCCCGUCCUUCUCCUUGCCGCCCACGGAACCCUCCUCCGAGGUGCCUGAGCAGCCGCCUGCCCAGGCGCUCCCCGGGAGUACCCCCAAGAGAGCUUACUACAUCUAUUCUGGGGGCGAGAAGAUUCCGCUGGUACUGAGCCGACCUCUCUCCUCCAACGUGGCCACCCUCCAGCAUCUCUGCAGGAAGACCGUCAAUGGCCACCUGGACUCCUAUGAGAAAGUGACCCAGCUGCCUGGACCCAUUCGGGAGUUCCUGGACCAGUAUGAUGCUCCACUUUAAAAAGAGCAAAGGGAUGGGGGGGGGGGGCUGGGUCGGUCGCCUGUCCUCCGCGGCACAUGGCAUAAGCACAAAAAUCCAGCCCCAAUGGUCGGUAGCUCCCAGUGAGCCCCGGGGCAGGUAGGCCUCUUCCUCAGGCCCUUGGCUUUGCGGAGUGGGUCAGGCAAGACCUGGAAUGUGUCUGAGGGGAGCGGGAGUUGCCACCUGCUUCCCCUGCCCCAGCUCCAGCUUCUUUCCCAAGAGAAGCCUGGUGGGACAAAUAGCAUCCACAAGCGCACUGUCCUCUCCUACCCUUCCUCCACACCCCUCUGCUUCCCCAAGGGAGCUGAGGGAGGGAGGGAGGACACCUCGAGCGAGUGUUGAACUAAUGAGAACCGCAGGGGGAUCUCCAAACUUUCCCACGGAACUUGUUUGCCCUUUGAUUUGGUUUUAAAUCCUGAGCGGGGCCCAGGCCUUGGGGGAAAGAUGGAAGAGAAGAGGGUGUGCGGUGGGCGGCAGGCUGGCCAAAGACAUGACCACUCCCACUGCCCAGCCUAGUGGUGGCUCCUGGCUCUAGGAGAGACAAGGGGUGACCUAGAGAGACAUUCUGGUGCCAGGCUCCUUUCCCUCGGGGCAGCUAAUGAGACCUCUCAGAUCCCUCUCUAAGGGGUCAAUGGCAUGUGGGAGGGAGAUGGAUGGGGCUGGUCAGUUAGCCACCUUUUCCAACCUCAGAGGGAGGCAGAUGAGCAGAUGAGCCAUCUCGGAGCCCAGGUGUCCUUAGAGAAGAUGGGGGACCCUUUGUUUCUCCAAUGUCAGGCUAGGAGACUUGCCUUAAAUGCCCUCUGUCCCAUGGAUAGGGAUGGGCGCAUGAGGAGCCAAAUAGCCAAGAGGCAGAGCUUAGGGGUUCACCCAGUGGCUGAAGGCCAGGGGAAGGGGUGCAGGAGAGACCCUGACAUGCAGCAGACUCCUGAGCGAUCACGGGGAAGAAAGCGGCCAGUCUUAGACACCUCUUGGUCAGCAGAGUCCCCACGUCCCAGGGUCCCCCCAGGACCUGCACAGCCUCCUCCCUUCUCACCUGGGGUGGGGUGGGGCAGGAGGUGACGGAGAAGCCUUCACCUGCCACUCACUCCACAGUGGCCACUCACAGGAACGCAGCAGCCACGGAAUUACCUGGAACAAAAGUUUUGUGAGUCAGGUAUGGGGCUGGGUGGGGCAGCUGUGUGUUGGGGUGGCUUUUUCUCUCUGUUGUUUUGAAUAAUGUUUACAAUUUGCCUCAAUCACUUUUAUAAAGAUCCACCUCCAGCCCGCCCCCUCCCCAUUCAGGCCUCUGAGGCUGUUUGAAGAUGCUUGAAAAACUCAACCAAAUCCCAGUUCAACUCAGACUUUGCACAUAUAUUUAUAUUUAUACUCAGAAAAGAAACAUUUCGGUAAUUUAUAAUAAAGAGCACUAUUUUUUAAUGAAAAAAA